UGAAUGACUUAGAGUCGUUAUCGGUUGCAACUUUAGACUCAUGUUGACAAAUGAAUUUGGUCAUCAUUUAUUUUAUACGCAAUAUAUAAAUUGUUCAAAAGCGAAGUGAGAUUUAGAACCAUUUUGCUUGUUCCGAACAAAAUAGAUUAAAUGACAUAGCGUAAAUGCAUGACCGUAAUGGCGUACAUUGAUUAUGUCAUUUACUUUCAUUGACAACAAAACCGUAAGCCACCUUGCUUCACAUGCUUAACCUGCUGACUAACACUGCAAGAGUUGAACGCUGACAGCAUACCCCUUGAGAUUGUUGACUUAUGGACAUGCAAAGGGUAUAAAACCCAAGCAAAGUAUGGAAGAUGCUACUGACAAACAACAUUGGCUCCUUCAAGUGAAACAUGGGUUUAAAAGAUUAAUACAAGAGAAACUAUUUACAGAUGUGAUUUUGAAAGUCGGAGAUCAGGAAUUUGAGUGCCACAAGAACAUUUUGUGUGUGUUUUCAUCUUAUUUUGGAUGUAUGUUCCAGUCAGGAAUGAUUGAGAGUCGAGAGGAGGUGAUAGAGCUGGGAAUGGUGGAAGCAGGGCCCAUGGACCUGUUGAUUCAGUAUAUGUACACUGGUAUGAUGGACAUGAACACACACAAUAUUGCCAGACUGCUAUGGACAGCCACCUUCCUCCAGAUGGAUGGGUUUCUGAACUGGAUGCGUCAAGAUUACAACCUGGACGAUUACAUACACUUGGAUAAUUUCUGGGAUUUGUGGUGUCUAGCUGAGAGCCACCAUGACUGUAUCUUCCUGAAAGAUCCCCUGAUAAACUUUGUUUUAAAAAACUUUGAAAAAUUGUACAAGACACCAGGAUUUAAGGAGAAUAUGUCAUCUGAAGACCUAUUAUCUAUACUGAACGAUAAAAGUUUGAUGGUGAAGAAUGAAGACACAGUUAUUAAUUCUGUCCUCACAUGGGUAAAUCAUAGCAGAGAGAAAAGAAGGGUAGACCUCACUAGACUUAUACAUGCAGUGCGCCUACCACUUUGUCAGAGAAGUAGUCUGGAGCAGCUCAGGAGUAGCUUCAGAGAUGAUAUGGAUCAGGCUGUGCAUGAUAACCUGAAAAUAGCAGAACAGUAUCAACAGGACUGCGGAGGACAGAUGUGUUUUGCCACUGCACAGAGCCAGUACAGGCCAUAUAGUGGCAAAGAGAAAGUCCUUAUCCUUAUAAAUGAAGAGAAAGAAACCCACCCAUCAAAUGAGGAUGACAUUUGUUACCCCUCUGUCUCAUUUAACCGUAAACCUUCCAUCUCAUUUGAGCCUGAUGGAAUGUUGACUGUGCUUCCUUACAGCUUCAGGCCAGGGGGCUUCACCACCUGUACAUAUGCAGAGAGCUGUGUGUAUCUCUGUGGGUACCGCCAACAAACCAAUGCCUUCUUCUACUACUCGACCAUUACUGACAAGUGGCAGUGUCUGGAGCCCUGUCCUGGAGCCUGCAGGGUCGAUGCCCACAUUGUUGCUAUCAGAGACAGAAUCUAUCUGUUUGGCGGAGAGGAAGUUGGCAAGGGUACACUGCUGUCUGCUGUCUAUGUGUACAACGUCACAAACAAUCACUGGGAUGCCAUUCCUUACUGUCAUCUGCAGAUUCCUGUAACUAAGUCUCUGAAGGGUUGCCUUGGUGAUAAGAUUUACAUUUUUGGAGGUUUGUCAGCCUCAGGUGAUCGUGAAAUGAGGUUUGGUGAAGACAUUGUGCAGUGUAUAGACACCACAGACAAGUCCUGUUCCAUCAUGUGCUGCUCUAACCUUGUCAGGGGAGUCGUGUCCCAGGGAUGUGCCUACAGCUGCCAUGCUGACGGUACUGUACACAUCAUUUACAAAGAAAGCACCAACUCGCUACUCAUAGUCAGGUUUGACCCAGAAUCAUCAACAAAGUUUGAAAGUAUAGGUUCUAUUCCAACUACCAUUAAUACUUUUGACUUCAGUAAAUGUAAUUUGAGAAUGGUGAAACAAGACUGCAACCUUGUGGUAGCCAUUACGGAAACUGCUCCAUUGCAAAGUGCUCUUGGUUGUAUUGUGAACUUUGAUUUGAAAACCAAAACGAAAACAAAAGGGAAGCUAUUUCUACAUGAUUUGGAGGUUAUGGAAUUCCACUUCUUAGUUCUGACUGAUGAAAUGAUGAAUGCAGAUUUAUGAUGACUAAAAGAACUACACAUGAAGUGAAUGAACCUAGCUUCCAUGAUAUGUAUAGCAACUAGCAAAUUUAACAUCACAAGUUGUUAAAAAGAAGUUCUCUGUUAUCGAUUUUCAAAAUUACCAUUGAAUGAAAAUCUAGCAAUGCAAACUAUUCAUAAAAAGUCAUGAAUGAAAACAUUUAUAACAUUUUAUAAUAUGCAAAGUAUUUCAUUUUUAUCAACAAAAUUCAGAAGAAUAUAAGAUAAGCGUCUUCUGAUUGUGUUCUAAUUAAGAAAGUGAUGUUCAGAAUUUAAAUACUGUUGAAAGAAUCUAUUAGUGAUGAAGAAACAAAAGUGCUGUCACUUUACUAACUACAUUUGUAAAGGUAAAGAGUACCUCAUCAGCAGUUAAAAUUGUUAAGAUUUCCAUUAUAGAGCCAUAAAAAAUAAGGGUUGCUUCCCUUUGUACAGUAUUUAUCUCUCAUUUUAAUGCAGAAUCGAUAUAAUUUCUGGUACCAACAUUGGUAAAGUGCAGAAUUAGUAGGGUAUAGGUUUUCCGAGGAUUUCUGUUUUUCAUUUUUAGCAUACCUGACCGUGGUGAGCUUAUGCCAUACUGCAGCGUCCGUCGUCUGUCUGUCGUCCGUCUGUCAACUUUUCCUUUAAAAUGCUACUAGUCCUGAAUGGCUAAGUAGAUUUUAUUCUAACUUCGUCUGGGGCAUCCUUGGGCCAAGGAAACACAAUUUUGUAUGAAUGGUGGGUGUAGCCCCCUUGGGGGCAGUGGGGCGAGGCCGA